AUGGCUUGUCGAGGUGGUUGCUGCUGUGUAUUUGGUCAUCUGAAUGAAGACAAUGGUAGGUUUCUUUUGUUGGCAGUACUAAUUAUACUCUAUAUGCUUUGCGGUGCAGCUGUCUUCUCUGCCAUUGAGCAGCCCAAAGAAAGGGAAACUAAGGAGAAAUGGCAACACAAGUUUGAAAACUUUAGCCAAAAAUACAAUCUCAGCAUAACGGAUCUGCGAAACUUCCUCCGGGACUAUGAGGAGGCCAAUGUAGCUGGAAUCAGGGUGGACAGCAUUCGACCUCGGUGGGAUUUUACUGGGGCAUUCUACUUUGUUGGAACAGUUGUGUCAACAAUUGGGUUCGGCAUGACCACUCCGGCCACCAUCGCUGGCAAAAUAUUUCUCAUCUUCUAUGGCCUCAUAGGAUGUGCAUCGACUAUCUUGUUUUUUAAUCUUUUUCUAGAACGUCUGAUUACAGUCAUUGCAUUCAUCAUGAAGUCCUUCCACGAAAGACAACUCAGAAGAAAAGGUGGUCUCCCACCAGACACUCGUCGUGGAUCAGGCAACUCAGAGGUGGACAGCCUAGCGGGGUGGAAACCUUCUGUGUAUUAUGUGAUGUUAAUUCUUUGCAUUGCAGCCAUCAUUAUCUCCUGCUGUGCCUCCGCCAUGUACUCACCCAUUGAAGGAUGGGGUUAUUUUGAUUCCCUGUACUUCUGCUUUGUUGCCUUCAGUACUAUAGGUUUUGGUGACAUGGUCAGUAGCCAAAAAGCCAAAUAUGAAAGCCAGGGACUUUACCGGUUUGGUAAUUUUGUCUUCAUAUUUAUGGGGGUAUGCUGUAUUUAUUCCCUAUUUAAUGUCAUCUCUAUUGUAAUUAAACAAUGUGUAAACUGGAUAUUAAAGAAAAUGGAAUGCAGGUGCUGCCAAAGAUGCCAAAGAAAAUUAUUUCGUUCUAGGAGAAAUGUUGUAAUGCCUGGAAAUAUUCGAACUAGACGAAACAUCUCUAUAGAAACAGAUGGCGUCUACGAGAGCGAAACAGACGGGCGCAGAAUGUCUGGGGAAAUGAUCUCCAUGAAAGACUUUUUAGCCUCCAAUAAAGUUUCAUUGGCCAUCAUGCAAAAACAGCUUUCAGAAACGGCCAAUGGGUGUCCAAGGCAAAUUGGCACAAGUUCCAGACAUAAUGGUUUUUCAGGUGGGGUAGGCGCAUUAGCAAUUAUGAAUAACAGACUUGCAGAGACUAGUGUGGACAGAUGA